UGCCAUUCACAAACUCUCUUUUCCGAACCAUUGCUGAUUAUUGUGACAAAGACAAGGCCAAAGUAGCCUGUUCUGGGAGACCUCGAGAUAUCAGCAACAACCGGAUCUUCUCAAGUCGGCUGGUCGCUCGUAGGCAGCCUUCACCAUGGACCCCUCCUCCUCUUCACCCUACGCCUUCCUUCCUCAUGCCUCGCUAACCUCAGACGCAGCAGCCUUUCGCUCUCCCUCCUCCUCUUCCUCCCUCUCCCUUUCCCGCGCUGCUCAACCCUUCAACAAUGCUAAUGGUGGCGCACCUAAGCCGUCGCGUGCAAACUACAUCACACAGCUAGCCUCUCUGUCCCCUUCGAGACUUCUUGCGCUCACUUCGGCUGGAGUGCAAGUGGUGGACAAGGAAAGAUCACUAAGUCUUGGACUGGUGCCGCAUUCAGAUGGAGAUGCCACGGCUGUGGCGACCAUGUCUGCUCCAGGAGGCGGUAGUGGAGGAGGCAUGUGGGGCGUGACGGAUCGGAAGGGAAAGUGUAGGGUUUAUGAUGCGAGGGGAGGAGGAGGAAAUGGGCUUGGGAUGGCGAUGAGUAUUGACUCUCCAACGCCAUCACCACUCCUCUCCCUCGCAUUCUCGUCUUCGUCCUCCUCGGCUGCACCUCUGCUUGCCCUCGGUCACGAGCUGCACUCGAUAGAUGCACCGGUGUACGUCUACGAUCUGCGCAACCUCGCCGCUCCCCUCUUCACAUACGACCAAUCCCACUCGGACGAUGUGACGUCUCUGCAAUUCCGGACUGCAGGAGAGCAAAGCGGGGAAGAGGGGGAGCAACUCCUCCUCAGUGCCUCUACAGACGGAUUGUUGACGGUGUAUGACCUUCAAAAGGGCGGAGAUGAGGACGACGCUGUCUUAUCUGCUUCAAAUACAGGCGCAUCGAUUGCUCGCGCUGGAUGGGGCGGUGUUCCACCUGGCGUGGGGGUGAAGCGUGGGCAAGUGAAACCCAGUGAUGAUGACGAUGGGCAGACUGGUGCGAGUGGGAUGGACGUCGAUGGCGGUACAAAAGGAACAGCGGAGAUGUACAGGGGACUGGGCGCCGUCUGGGCCGUGAGCGAUAUGCAGACGGUGGGGCUUUGGGAUUCCGAGUCGACGGAUCCUCUGCUGCCGCCUCUGUCAGUGCUGCCGCUAUCGACCUCCCUUCCUGCUACCUCACCCUGGGGUCCCACGUACCGGUAUCAGCCAGACUACAUCAUCGACUGCUCUCCCUCGCAUCCUCUUCAUACCUCCCUCGGAAGCAAUGGAAGCCGUCAAGAUGGUCUCUCCCUCUUCACAGGCAGUCAAUCCGGCGCCUUUUCCCUCGUGCAAGUCCCCUCUCCAGCUCCCUUCCCAGGUUCAGAAGGGAAUUACGAUGCAGAUGCCCACCUGCGCACGGUAUGCGCGCAGCCCUGGACCCUCACGCAUCUCUUCCCCGGUGAAGCAGACAGCGCGAGGGGUGGUCACAGCGAUAUUGUGCGCUGUGUAGAGUACGAGGCUGGGAGCGCCUCGCAGCCUGCGCUCCUCUGGUCGGGUGGGGAGGACGGUAAGCUCGUUGUUUGGCGUGUGGGAGAAGGAGAGGAGGAAAGUGGGCCAGGAAUCGGCUUCGUGGGAGCUACAGGUGUAGGUGGUGACAACCUGGGCGUAGGAAUGGGCAGUGGGAUGAAGGCAAGCGUGAUGGAUGAGGUAUCGUCCCUACGGAUGACGAUACUUUACAUUAGAACUCAAUCGCACAUUGCUAGAUUGUCACCAUGACCACCAUCGCCCUUGUCCAUAGCCUUCGCUGCAAUGCAAUCCAUCCGCCGGA